CCUCUCAACUUCCAUCAUGUCCAACGCUGACCAAAGUAACGCUAUUCAAGUGAAUUGGAAGAAAGUAUCUGAGCGUCAGAAAUAUAAUUCGAAGGUAGACAUACUCCGACGUCUUAACUUCACAACGUCGGGGUACCGAAACAUGAUGAAACCUGGCUGUCCCCGCCAAUGUUACAUGCCCAUGCCUCCUUUUCCUGGUAGACCUGUUCUCCCGGAUGGAGUGUAUCCUGUGGACUACGAUGACUUGUGUAAUCUAUCUGAAGAGCGUGCUAAUAUCAUUAUGGACUGCUUUGACCUAAAUGGCGAAAGUAAUGAGUACGCGAACGCCAAUAUCAGGACGAAAAUAUUCGAAAUUGCGGGGUUUAUGGGUAUUUCGAUGAAGGAAAAGUUCAGGGAAGAAUAUGACAGAUGGGAGGAAGAGAUGGAGCAGGAUGUAAUUACAAUUGAAUAGAAGGGAUG